GGGAGCUCUGAAUGCUGUAAUCCAAGAAUCAUCUCUGUACUUUGAGGUCACUUCCUCCAAAUAAAUACUGUAGUGGGAACACUUUCCUCCCCGGACCAGGGAGCCACACAGGUCACACUUGCUCAUAGGAAAGACAUCCAGAAUAAACCAUGGGAAAGAAGAACCAGAACCGUGAAGAUGAUGAGGCUUCUUCCUCAGAGGAGGAAGAGUAUGUAGUGGAGAAGGUUAUGGACAGGCGAGUUGUUAAGGGCCGUGUGGAAUAUUUCCUGAAGUGGAAAGGCUUUUCAGACAAACACAACACAUGGGAACCAGAGAAGAACCUGGACUGUCCAGAGCUUAUCGCUGAGUUCAUGAAGACCUAUAAAAAGGGAAGCAGCGGAAGCACACCCAGCAGCAAGCCCUCCAGCACAGGCUCUUCUUCGGCCCGUCCCAAAGACAGUAGCAGCAGCACCAGCAAGAGGAAAAACUCAGAGGAAGAGAAUGGGAGCGGCAGCAAACCCAAAAAGAAAAAGGAGGAUGAGAUCCUUGUAGCAAGAGGUUUUGAGCGAGGCCUGGAGCCUGAGAAGAUUAUUGGAGCAACAGACUCCUGUGGAGACCUUAUGUUCCUUAUGAAGUGGAAGGACUCUGAUGAGGCAGACCUUGUGCUUGCAAAGGAAGCCAAUCACAAGUGCCCACAGAUUGUCAUUGCCUUCUACGAGGAGCGCCUGACCUGGCACGAAGACGGCGACAAGAAGGAAAAGAGCGCCACAGUGGUUUAAAGGGCAGAGGGGGGAGGAAAGAUGCUGUGUCCUCCAAACCUUAUGCCCUUUGUCACACUGGUGACACUCUCAUAGCCAACUUUAACGGACCAUUUAGUAAAAGAAAAACGGCCAGCAAGUAAUGGAGGUUACAACCUCCAUCCACCAUCUCUCACCAGACAACCUGAAAGGCCGUGGCGAACGGCGGCUGCAGCAGAGCGGUGGAAUGUGAUCUCUCUUCUCUGAUCUUCCUUCUAAUUUGUGUAUUUGUGCCCCUACAACUAUGUUCUUAUGAUGUGUUGUGUGCUAGUGUAGAUGUGAAACAGUGGAAACCCGUACAUGUCAAACUUUUAACUUUUUAUCAUUCACACAAUUGAUUUGGUAGUGUUGCUGGAAAUGACUGAAAAUAUCAGUUGCUUGUGCGCUUAACAUUUAAAACGCUGGAUAAAGACGUGACAGCGUUGGUUUUAUUUCACAAGCUGAUGUCACCCGCUUUACUGAUUUCUGCUUUGUUUUUUUAUUCAAAACGGGUAGAAUAAAUUUUGCUGUAUCAUCAUUUUAACUUUAA